CCCCGAAUUGGAGGCCACGGGAUUCUCGGGUGUCUUUCGUGGCUUGUUUGGAUUCUGAAUAUUUGCCUACUGGCUGGGAAGAAGCAUAUACUUUUGAAGGUGCAAGAUACUAUAUAAACCAUAAUGAAAGGAAAGUGACCUGCAAACAUCCAGUAACAGGACAGCCAUCACAGGACAAUUGUAUUUUUGUGGUGAAUGAGCAGAACGUUUUGGCAAUGACAGCUGAAGAAAAAAGAGAGCAGCCCAUAAGUAUGAUAAAUGAAACCUCUAACUACAGCAUGACUUCAGAUUAUGCCAUGCAUCCAGUGAGUCCUAUAGGAAGAACUUCGAGGGCUUCCAAGAAAGUUCAUAACUUUGGAAAGAGGUCAAACUCCAUUAAAAGGAACCCGAAUGCACCCGUGGUGAGACGAGGUUGGCUUUAUAAACAGGACAGUACUGGCAUGAAGUUGUGGAAGAAACGCUGGUUUGUGCUUUCUGACCUUUGCCUCUUUUAUUAUAGAGAUGAAAAAGAAGAGGGUAUCCUUGGAAGCAUUCUAUUGCCGAGUUUUCAGAUAGCCAUGCUUACCUCUGAGGAUCACAUUAAUCGCAAAUAUGCUUUUAAGGCAGCCCAUCCAAACAUGCGGACCUAUUAUUUCUGCACUGACACAGGGAAGGAAAUGGAACUGUGGAUGAAGGCCAUGUUAGAUGCUGCUCUUGUACAAACAGAACCCGUGAAAAGAAUUACCUUUAAUUUCCGAGUGGACACAAUUACAUCUGAAAAUGUACCAAGUAAAGAAUUCAAUAAUAUUCCCAACCAUCGAGUACUAAUUAAGCCAGAGGUCCAGAACAACCACAGAAACAAGGAAAUGAGCAAAAUUGAGGAAAAAAGGGCUUUAGAAGCUGAAAAAUACGGAUUUCAGAAGGAUGGCCAAGACAGACCUUUAACAAAAAUUAAUAGUGUAAAAUUGAAUUCUCUGCCAUCUGAAUAUGAUAGCGGAACAACAUGCACAGUUCAAAGUGGACACUACCGGUCAGGCAUUAUGAAUAGUUCAGAGAACAAAACAGUUAAUGUGAGCCUGGCAGAUCUCAGAGGCGGAAGUCACCCAAACCCGGGACCCUCACAUCCAGAUGCUGAUCGGGUCAUCCAGAGAACCAACUCAAUGCAGCAGUUGGAGCAGUGGAUUAAAAUUCAGAAAGGCAGAGGUCAUGAAGAAGAAACCAGGGGAUUAAUAUCUUACCAGACAUUACCAAGAAACAUGCCAAGCCACAGAGCCCCGGCUGUGGCCCGCUAUCCUGAAGGUUAUAGAACCCUCCCUAGAAACAGCAAGACUAGGCCUGAAAGUAUCUGCAGUGUCACCCCUGCCACUCAGGACAAGACUCUGGGUCCCGGUGCAGAGGAGAAACGGCGAUCCAUGAGGGAUGACACCAUGUGGCAGCUCUAUGAAUGGCAGCAGCGUCAGUUUUACAAUAAGCAGAGCACGCUCCCCCGACACGGUACUCUGAGUAGCCCUAAAACCAUGGUUAGCAUCUCUGACCAGACGAUGCACUCGAUUCCCACCUCACCUUCCCAUGGUUCAAUGGCUGCUCACCAGGGUUACUCCCCUCAGCGCACGUACAGGUCGGAGGUGUCUUCACCAAUUCAGAGAGGAGAUGUGACGAUGGACCGCAGGCUGAGAGCUCAUCACCCCAAGCAUGUCUAUGUGCCUGACAGAAGGUCAAUGCCAGCAAGCCUAACUGUACAGUCUGUUAGUUCCCAGAGCCUCCAAGGCAAAACACCGGAGGAGCUUACGCUGCUGCUGAUCAAGCUGAGACGGCAGCAAGCUGAACUGAGUAGUAUCCGGGAGCAUACGUUAGCACAGCUCAUGCAGCUGAAACUUGAGGCCCACAGCCCAAAGAAUGAAAUUCUUUCGCAUCAUCUUCAAAGGAACACCAUGUAUUUGGAUCACCAGAUGAAAGAAAAUGAACCUAUUAUCACCAUGGUUCACACAAUGAUUGAGAACUCGGCGCUAAGACCCCAACUGUACCAGCAAUUCUUAAGACAGAAGAACCAGAUAAGUUUAUAUUGUCUGUCACAAGAAGAAUGUAGAGGUACAUUGUACAAAUACAGACCUGAUGAAGUGGAUAUUGAUGCCAAGUUAAGCCGCCUGUGCGAGCAGGAUAAAGUGGUACACGCUCUGGAAGAGAAGCUGCAGCAGCUCUACAAGGAGAAAUACACGCUUGAACAGGCUUUGCUGUCAGCCAGCCAAGAGAUAGAAAUGAACGCAGACAAUCCAACAGCCAUCCAGACUGUGGUGUUACAGAGAGAUGACUUCCAGAACGGACUGCUCAGUACAUGUCGGGAACUGUCUCGAGCUACUGCAGAAUUGGAACGAGCAUGGAGAGAAUAUGAUAAGUUAGAAUAUGAUGUAACUAUUACUAGGAACCAAAUGCAAGAACAACUUGAUCGACUUGGUGAAGUUCAGACUGAAACAGCAGGAAUUCAGCGUGCACAGAUUCAAAAAGAGCUUUGGAGAAUUCAAGAUGUCAUGGAAGGGCUAAGUAAACACAAACAGCAAAGAGGCAUGACAGAAACGGGUCUGAUAGCUUCAAAGCCUUUUUCAACAGUCAAGUACAAAAAUGAGGAAGAGGAAGUAGUCCCACCUCGUCCUCCACUUCCUCGGUCUUAUGACUUUACAGAGCAGCCUCCCAUAAUCCCCCCUCUGCCCUGUGAUAGCAGCUCCUUGCUCUGUUAUAGCAGGGGCCCAGUGCAUCUGCCUGAAGACAAGAAGAUUCACCAAGUUCAAGGAUAUCCACGAAAUGGAUCUCACUGUGGUCCAGAUUAUAGGCUCUACAAGAGUGAACCAGAAUUAACCACAGUGGCAGAAGUUGAUGAAUCUAAUGGAGAAGAAAAAUCAGAAACUGUUUCAGAUAUGGAAUCGUCAGUUGUUAAAGGUUCCCACUUUCCCGUUGGAGUGGUCCCUCCCAGAACGAAAUCACCCACCCCUGAGUCUUCAACCAUCGCCUCCUACGUAACGUUACGGAAAACCAAGAAGCUGGUGGAUCUGAGAACGGAACGACCAAGAAGUGCGGUAGAACAGCUCUGUUUGGCUGAAACUACGCGGCCCAGGAUGACGGUGGAAGAACAAAUGGAAAGAAUCAGGAGACAUCAGCAAGCAUGCCUAAGGGAGAAGAAAAAAGGAUUAAGUGUUAUUGGUGCUUCAGACCAUUCACCCUUACAAAGCCCCUCAAAUUUAAGGGACAAUCCACUCAAGAUUCCUCAGAAUCGAAGGAGGGAUGACUUGUUAUCAAGUACCGUUAAGGAACCAGACACUGUCAUUCAAGAAAAUAAUGCAAAGCCAAACCAUGAAAGUCCUACAGCAGAGAUUGCCCAUCUGAAAGAAGCUGAACCUCUGAAUACAGACUUCAGCAAAGAGGUUAGAAAAACUGAAAGAGUUCUUUAUGAAACACUUUUUAAACCUGAGCCAAAUGGAGUCAAUUCUGAAGAAAUGAUGAAUAAAGAAAAAACCAAGGAAAACAUGCCUGAGGAUGUUUCAUACAGCAGUCCCCAAGAUGUAGCGUGGAUCACAAACCCUACGCCAGACGACCGCUCGGAAGAGCAUGCAAAGGACAAUGCACAUACACAGGAAGAAACUGUAACUUCCUAUGAGCUAACUCCUGAGGCUUCUACAGGAAACCAGUCAAUGGCAGGGAAAGGUCUGCCCCCACCACCGGAGCCCUCGGCAUCACCAGGCCCGUCCACUCAGCCCCAGCUCACAGAGGGAUCGCAUUUCAUGUGUGUGUAGUCUCAAAACAACUAUACCGACCUCUGUUGAAACCAUUCAAAGCUAAGGACAUGGACCUGUGGCAGCGUGAGAAGAAUCUUGUACAGUAUAUUUUAAAUCUAUGAAAUUCAUAGUUCCGAUGCUUUUGGCCACAGAGAGCAUCCUUUUAUCACUUUUGGAAAAUGUUUAUUCCGAAACAGCUUUAACGGCCCAUAUGUACACUCCACAAUGUCAAGGUUGUUCCGCCACACCAGCCUGCUGCUAUGAUUUCAGAGCACACGAGUAACGGUGCUUUUACCGUGCAGUCCACAGCCAGAGCUUACUUAGUUGCCAAUUUCCAGCUUUUGAUGUCCCUUAAGUCUAAGUGAAUUUAUAUUUCUUUUUACUUUUCAGGACAUAAGUUUAGCUGUUACUUCCAAUAAAACAUGUUUCUCUCUCUUUCUGUUUUUCCUCCCCAUUUUGGCUACUGCAGUGCUUUGUUUCACACUUGAUUUGUAAAAAAUUUUAUAUAUAUAUUUAAAAUGUGCCAUUUUAUUAUUGCUAAGUGAAAUACGUCCCACUUUCUGCUACGAUUGUUUCUUAGAUUGCAAUGUCAGCAGUUACUGCCACGCUCUUGUCAACUUAAACACAAAUGUUACGCUUAGUUUUUCUUUUAAAAAAUAAUAAAACAAAAGUGUAGGUAUUCUGAAGUACUGGGCUUAUACUUCAUUGGGAUAGAUGUGUACAGCAAUAAGCAGGUUUUCAAAUCCAGUACUUAGUUUGUGUACAAAUGUAAUUAUGUUCAUUGUGUAUAUAUUAUACAAUGAGCACAUGUAAUGUAUUAAAGGCUACUUACUAUUGUUUAAAUGCAAAUGUUCAUAUCUCAUUUCUUUUUUAUCAUGUUAAAAUAAAUGUUGAUGUUCUUAAA